UAACCCUGAUCAUCACCAUCACCAUCAGCAUCCUCAUCAUUUCACCUCAACACAAAAUCCAACAGUUGGAAAUGAAAAAUUGAAAUCAAGUUAACCAUAAAUAAUAAUCAACCAUGAACAAAAUGAGUUCAUUGAUUAAUUGUUACAAUAAACAGUUAACAGUAAAUGAAUUAACCAUUAAUGAGAAACAUAGUAAAAGUAAAUCAAUCAAUUAGCAAAUAAUCAUAAUUGUUGGUGAACAAAAGUACAACCAAAUUAUAAUAAUAAGUGUUCAUUUAAAACGCAACAUCAUGAUCACAAUUGAUUAAUUGUUUAUUACCUUAAAUUAAAUUUCCAAUUGAAAGUUUGUAUUUACCUCCAAUGAAAACUUACCACCAUCACCAAGAACAACAACAACAACAACAACCAUUGAAAAAACCACCGGUGGUAGAAAAGUGAAAAGGGUAGAAAAAGAAAGUGAAUUGUCCACUUUCACCCUUGACCUUUACUACUUAGUGGACAUUGAAAAAGAAACAGUGUAAAGUGUUAUGUGUGUGUAUAGAUGGAAAAGUAAUUAGUAGUAAAAGUGAUUGGAAAAAUUUUCUCUCUCUCUCUCGAAUCAAUAUUGAUAAUUAUGGAUAACGAUGAGUUAAUAUUGAAUGGAUCCAUUGAAUGGAGUGAUAUUGACGUUACUUCAUUUGAACAGGUAGUUUCAACACCUAAAGCUUUAUUAAUGAUCGUUAGUUUGACCACAGUGACAAUAUUGACCAUAGUAGGUAAUGUUAUGGUAAUUAUAUCAAUAUUUUCUUACCGGCCAUUGAAAAAUGUUCAAAACAUGUUCCUUGUUAGUCUGGCAUCAGCUGAUAUUGCGGUUGCAGUGAUUGUAAUGCCUUUUAGUAUAGUUGAUAUGUUACUUGACCGUUGGAUAUUUGGUACUUUCUUAUGUGAAAUGUGGUUAACAUCCGAUGUACUUUUAUGUACAGCAUCAAUUUUAAACCUUUGUGCCAUUGCCCUUGACCGUUAUUGGGCAAUUUACGAUCCAAUCAAUUAUGCUCAACGUCGGACAGUUCGAGCAGUUCUGUGUAAAAUAGCGGCAAUAUGGAUUAUCUCAGGUAUCAUAUCGAUUCCACCAAUUUUCGGCUGGAAUGAUUGGCCUGAUUCUUUUGACGGUGAUACACCUUGUAAAUACAGUGAACAUAUUGGUUAUGUUAUUUACUCGGCUUCCGGAUCAUUUUAUGUUCCCCUUGUAAUUAUGUCCGUUGUUUAUUAUAAAAUUUACAAGGCAACACGAAAGCGACUUCGUGAACGUGCCAAUGUACCUAAUCAAUCAAUUGGACUUCAUUCAACAACAACCGGAACAACUUCAGUUGGUACAACGAUAACGGGAGGUUUGGGUGGUGGUGGUAUUGUUACAGUAGGAACAAGUCCAGGGACCAUGGUGGCUUCGAGUGAUACUUUGAAUAAAAAUUCACGUACUAUUAAUAAUAAUAAUAAUAAUAAUAUUCGAUAUGAAGGAGGAAAUGAUUCAUCUUCACAAUCAUCAUCUCCGAUACUUCAUCAAGAUAAUCAGCAUCACCAGAAUGCAGAUAAAUAUAUUACAAUGGACGAUUCAUCAAGAACAGAAUCAGGAACUGGUGAUCCAGGAGGAGGAGGCGGUGGUGGUAAUGGGAGUAUUGCUGUUGGUGGUGGUGGUGGUGGAAAUAAUUUACCACCAAAGAUUUCAAUUAAAAGCAAGAAGGGUUCUACUGGUGGUGGUAAAAAGAGCGGUAGUAAAUCGGGUGGUUCAAUGACAAACACUGUGGCCAAAUUUUGGGAGGAAAAGCAAAGAAUCAGUUUAUCAAAGGAAAGACGUGCAGCACGUAUUCUGGGUGUGGUAAUGGGUGUAUUCACAUUCUGUUGGUUACCUUUUUUCAUAAUGUACCUGGUGAUACCUUUUUAUCCUGAUGUUUCCUUUGAGGUUCGUGCUUUCAUCACUUGGUUAGGAUAUUUCAAUUCUGCUCUAAAUCCAGUAAUUUACACCAUUUUCAAUGUCGAUUUUAGAAGAGCCUUUGCCCGACAAUUAAGAUGCUCCACUCGAGGUGACUGACAAAAGGCCAUAAACAUAAAUCCAUUUUAAAGAGCUACAAAUGAACCAUCAACAAUCAACACUGAUCACUGAAUGGAGAGAUGGCUUAAAACUGUUUGCUAAUCAACCAGAAACAAAGGUGCUGAUAUUUUUUGAUGAUAUAAAGAUCAUCAUGAAAGAAAAACCCUUUAGCAUGAUACUCAUGAUACCGAUAAUGAUGAUAUAUGAAUGUUAUAUAUAAAUAAGUGUAAAUAUAAAAACAAUGUUAACUCACCUGAACUUUUUUCUCCCUCCCUGUAUAUAUAUAUUAUGAUAAGAAUAUUAUUAUUAUUAUUAUUA